UGACAAAGUAUACAGUCAGGCUUAUCUGCGGUCAACUCAGAAUCCCACGGGGUCUUGAGAACAUGAACACUUUUGUAGUCAGUUGCUGAUUUUUGCUGCGCGGUUGACAGGGAAGCGCUGUUUGGAAAGACAAUUAAACUACAGAACAAGAUGGCUUCCAUGUUGAUGCACUCAAUGCGGAGCUGUCCAGGCAACUCUGCCCGGGCAGUGCAGUUUGCGGCCCGCUCCCUCAGUACGUCAGCUCAACUCCAGGCAGCAGUCCAGACCAAGAGUAAGAAGUCUCUGGCCAAGCCCGGGGUGAAGAACAUAGUCUUGGUGGAAGGAGUCCGCACCCCCUUCUUGCUGUCAGGAACCACGUACAGCGACCUGAUGCCCCAUGACCUGGCCAGAGCAGCUCUUCAGGGCCUGCUUCAUAAAACCAGCCUGCCUAAAGACGCUGUGGAUUACAUCAUCUACGGGACUGUCAUCCAGGAGGUCAAGACGAGCAAUGUUGCACGAGAGGCUGCACUGGGUGCAGGGUUCUCUGAUAAGAUUCCUGCUCACACCGUCACCAUGGCCUGUAUCUCCUCUAACCAGGCCAUGACCACAGGUUUUGGGAUGAUUGCGGCAGGCCAGUGUGAUGCAGUGGUAGCGGGAGGGGUGGAGUUCAUGUCGGACGUUCCUAUUCGCCACAGCCGUAAGAUGAGGAAGACCAUGCUGUCCCUGAACAAGGCCAAGACCAUGGGCCAGAGACUCAGUCUGAUAGGCAGCAUCCGGCUGGCUCACCUCUCACCAGAGCUCCCAGCGGUAGCAGAGUUCUCCACAGCAGAGACCAUGGGUCACAGUGCAGACCGUCUGGCUGCAGCGUUCGGGGUGUCUCGUCUGGAGCAGGAUGAGUUUGCCAUGCGCUCUCACACGCUCGCCAAGAAGGCCCAGGACGAGGGCCUGCUCAGUGAUGUCAUAUCCUUCAAAGUGCCAGGCCGGGACAUCGUAUCCCAGGACAACGGCAUCCGUCUGUCCACCAUGGCCCAGAUGUCCAAACUGAAAGCUGCCUUCGUUAAACCUCACGGAACCGUCACAGCCGCAAACUCCUCCUUCCUGACGGACGGUGCCUCAGCAGUGCUCAUCAUGUCUGAAGAGAAGGCCCUGGCCAUGGGCUACAAGCCCAAAGCUUUCCUCAGAGACUUUGUGUACGUGUCCCAGGACCCCAAAGACCAGCUGCUGCUGGGGCCCACGUAUGGAACCCCCAAAGCUCUGGAGCGAGCCGGCCUCACCAUGGACGACAUCGACGUGUUUGAGUUCCACGAGGCCUUCGCAGGCCAGAUCAUGGCUAAUCUGAAGGCCAUGGACUCAGACUGGUUUGCUCAGACGUACAUGGGGAGGAAAUCGAAGGUGGGGACUCCUCCUAUGGAGAAGUUUAACCUGUGGGGCGGCUCUCUCUCUCUCGGCCAUCCGUUUGGAGCCACUGGCUGCCGGCUGGUUACCACGGUAGCACAUCGUCUGCAGAAGGAGGGAGGCCAGUACGGCCUGGUAGCUGCAUGCGCUGCAGGAGGACAGGGCCAUGCGAUGGUGAUCGAGGCCUACCCACAGUAGAGACCAGGACAGACACCAGGACGUCUUCUGUGGACUCACUAGAGAACACCACACACAGGACAGGACUGGACAUGCUAACGCCACUUUGCCUUGUUGGGUUAGGGGUGUGUGUGUGUGUGGGGGUUAGGUGUGUGUGUGUGUGUGUGUGAGAGAGAGAGAAAAGGAUUGUAUGUGCGGCUAACCUGAAUGAGCGUCUAAUUUAUAGCAGAGUUGUCUCUGGGAAUGUUGCCUUGGUGUUUAGGUGCAGCGUUGCAGUAAGGUGAUGAUCAGUGAUCAGUCAGUAAUGUACCACACAGCUCUUAUCAGUCAGGAAGGACAUCAUUCUAAUCUCUUGUUUAUACUCUGUCAUUUUCUUUUUCUUACAAACUCAGCUAAUUAAAUGGUCUGUUAUGUACCAGACAA